CACUUAAGUCUUUAAUUUCGCAAAAAGUGUUCAAUUUGGUCCUUUUGGGUGACGCCGUUAAGUUUCUUAACGGUACAGAUGCCAGGUGGCUAUCAUCUGGUGAUUUGGCAUUGUUAAUUGUUUUUAAAAAAAUUAUAAUGAUUACGUGGAAAUGUUUAUACUUAGGGUUGGAUUAGAGAAGGAUUUAGGGGUAAUGGAUCCUGUUACAGUGAUUGAUGAUUAUUGUUCCCAAGUUUAAAAGCCAUGGUAAGGGUUUGUGGUCAUUUGCUCCAGAGUUUUGCACAGUGAGAAGGUUAGGGUUUAUAGUUUUGAAUGGCUUCUUCACAAAGUGGUUGUUCUUGUUCGAAGACAACGGGCAAAGGAGCUUCACAUUCAUCACAGGGUGCUGUUUCGAGAGGUGGUGGGAUAACCCCUAUUUGCUACUGUGGUGAUUUUGCUGUACUGAAGGUUGCAAAAACUGCAAGGAAUGCUGGGAGGCAAUUUUGGGCAUGUCGUCAUUAUAAGGGUGCAUUUACAAGUGGGAUGUCAUGUAACUUUUUCAAGUGGUUUGGUGAAGAGAACGGUGAUGAUAGAGAUGGUGCAAAUGUGAGGCAAAGNAACAAGAGGACCACUGAUAUGGAAAGUGCUGUGAAAGAGUUGCAGAGAAAGAUGAAGNUAGUAGUUGGAGUUGGGGUUGUUCUCAUUGUGCUUAACAUCAUCAUAUUGGGGCUGUUUUUAGGUUGAUGUUAGGUGACGAAUGUGCAAUUUACGUUGUGUUCAUGUAUUUUGAGUUCAUGUUGUAAUGUUUUGAGUGCCCUUAGGUUGAUGUUAGGUGGNCAAUCUUGAAUCAAUGUGGUGUUUGUGUAUUAUGAGCUGGAGUUGUAAUAUAACUUGAACCAUCUGGGUUAGUUGAAUGAAGUUCGUAACAGUCCUCGGUUUCGUUUUAAGUUGUUCAUUUUGGUCCCCCUUUUGGUUUUAAGUUGUUCAUUUUGGUCCCCCUUUUACCUAAAAAUUGUGCAUAAUGGUCCCUUAAAUUGA